AUGAGUAAUCAGCUAAUUGGAACGCGCGUUGACAUUGGCACUGAGAUUCUGGACAACGUUCAGAGCUCUUCAACCACUGAUUUGAUCUCACGUCGUGGCGUUUUCAGCCGUCGCCAUUAUGGAUCAGUAGAAAUGCUACCACAGAUUGAAGCAAACGGCCAUGAACUACAAGGAAGACGCUUCCGAGUUGAGAAUGGAGAAUCACUGGGUGAACGUGAAGAAAUGUUCGGUUCACCGAGCACGCCGAUCCUUGAGAACCCAGAGUACCAGACGCGCUGGUACUUCAAGUACUUUCUCGGCAAGCUUCAUCAGAAUUACGUGGGAUCUGACAGCGAGAAGGUGCCGUUCUUCCUCUCUGUGGUGCUUACAGAUGCAAACAACCAAUGUGUCCCACAGUAUAGAGUAAUAUUGUGGCGUAAAACGGGGUCGCAGAAAAUUUCUCUUGCUUACUCACCCACCAAGCCAACAACAGUCAAGCAAAUUCUCUGCAACUUCCCUUGUGUGGAGAAACUGGACAAGGGACCAAGGGAAAUAUUUACACCUGAUUUGCAGAAGGACCUGCUUCUGUUGGAAGAGCAAGAGGGAUCAGUGAACUUCAAAUUUGGCGUCCUUUACACUAAGCCUGGCCAGUCAACUGAUGACGAAAUGCUUAGUAAUGAAUUUGGAAGCGACGAUUUCAACAGAUUCAUAAAUCUUCUCGGAGACCAGGUUCGCCUCCGUGGAUGGGACAGAUAUCGUGGUGGCCUGGAUGUUAAAGGAGACAUGACUGGCAAGUACUCAAUCUACACAAUGUAUGAAGGUCACGAAAUAAUGUUCCACAUUUCAACAAUGCUGCCAUACUCUAAGGAAAACAGACAACAGGUCGAAAGGAAGAGACACAUUGGAAAUGAUAUAGUUAACAUCGUUUUUCUGGACGGAGGAAGCGGACAUAUGUGUCAUUUCAACCCAUCUUACAUCAAAUCACAAUUUACUCACGUAUUUGCUCUAGUGACAUACAAUUCACUGGAAGACAGUUACCGUCUAGCCAUCUAUUCUGAAGAAUCCGUGCCGCUGUUCGGUCCAUCUCUGCCGUGCCCGCCGGUGUUCUACGACCAUGAGGAAUUCAGAGAGUUUCUCCUGGUCAAAUUGAUCAACGGUGAAAAAGCAGCUUUCAACACGCCAACAUUUGCAAAGAAACGUGAACGCACACUGGAUAUGCUCAUCAAGGACCUCUACUCGGAACACAUGAGCGAAGGAAGAGGGACAAUGCUGAACAGGAGGGCUUUCAGCGACGUGCUACCCGACCCACCGAGAGGUUCACGGCGCAAGGAGGAGGCGCGCCAGGUGGAAUUCGUGCGCGCAGGGCAGGCGCUCAAGCUGGACACCAUCUUGCGUGGCGACGCUCCUACCAGCCUCGCCUCAUCCUCCAUGUUCAAACGUCCGCCAUGGGAGCCCGAAUGCUUCUACCCGGACUUCCCGCACGAGACCUUCUGCGGCGAUUCCUGGGGAGACAACAAGCUCAUUGCCGCAACCGAGGCUGGAGUCUUCGUCAUUGAAGAAAGCACAUCUCAUCGACUAAUAUUUGACAAGACAGUUCCCGUGAAACAGCUUAGCGUCAUCGAAGCACAUGGCAUACUUCUUCUCAGAGCUGAAAAAGGUCGUGAAUGCAAGAUCCACGUGUUUCGGCUGUCAGACUUCGAUCCCGAAGAAGGCCCCCCUCUGCCGGCCCGGAACCGCAAUGAUCUCAAGGACUUCCGCCUGGAACGCACCAGGGGCUGCACUCUGUACGCCACAAGCAGACCAGGAGGAUCACAUCUCCGUGUGGUGGCAGCUCUCCAGAAGAAACUGUUGAUAAUGCAGUGGAGACACUCAGCUGCCUGGACUGCUUGGUGCCCUGCUAGUGACACAGAUACUGUAGAAGGCUUUCAGUAUAUCCGGGAGAUACCAUUAUCAGAACAUCCAUCACUGAUGACAUUUGUGGAUGGUGGCCUAACACCUAGUACUCAAACAAAUAUAUGCUUGGGAUAUCGUCAUCAGUUUGAUCUUGUGAAUGAACACUCAGGAGAGUACAAGCACUUGCAUACAGUGGAGUCAUCACGGGCACAUCUUGUUGCUGCUAUUGAUCUUUAUGAAGAUGAAGAGCCAGAACUAUUACUCUGCUACAAUCAUACUUGUCAUUUCCAGAAACUUGUACCAGGAAAAUCAACAACUGACUAUGAUUUCCGCUGGAAUGCAAUACCAUCAGCAAUAGUCUGUGCUUUUCCUUACAUCUUUGCCUUUACUACUGAUGCAAUGGAAAUCCGGCUGAUCAUCAAUGGAAAUUUGGUGCAAACAACUGUUAUGCCAAAACUCCAUUUUAUUUGUGCCAAGAAUGACAUAUACUUUGCAACAACUGCACCUGAGUUCUUUCAUAACAAAGAUGCCGAAGUUAAAGUAGAUGAUCCAGAACAAGAGGAAACAGAGACAACAGAUGUAAAGGAUGGGGAAGAAUCAAAAGAAGCAAAGGAUGGUAAGAAAACCAAUAAUGGAACAGAUCUGACAGAUGUAAGGGAUGUGAAGACUGAGAAGGAUGGUAAAGAUGUAAAAGAUACUAAAGAACCGAAGGCUGGAAAAGCAGAUGGCAAAGAAGUGAAGGAUGGCAAAGAAGUGAAGGAUGGGAAAGAAACAAAAGAUGGCAAAGAUGGAAAGGAAUCAACAGCUACACCUCCAUCAUCACCUCAAACUACAUCACCAACUGCUACACCAUUUCGCCUUUUCCGCAUACCAAUGCAGACACUGAGUGGAGCAAUUCCACCCUGUGGGCGACGUUGUCCAACACCAUGUGAUCCAGGAAGUUCUUCAGCUUCCAGUUCUGGAGCCCAGGGUCUUGUAGUUCCUGGUGCUGAAGGGAGCUCUGCACAGAGACAGCCACUGCAAAAUGAGCAUGCUCGUGGCUUGAGCCGCAGCUGCUCAUCCUCGCCCACACCACACCAGCCAUCCUUCCUUGCACCACCAAAGUGAGGAAUGUUAAAAUAAAAGCCCUAGCUGUCAAAGAGUCAACCAGGUACUCAAUUUCUUCAUAUUUUCUCACUCUACUCAUUUCCAAAAAGGAAACCUGCCGUACAUGCAACCGAUGACUUCUCACUAAAACACAGUUUCUCCACAAAGUUUUACCCAUGAAAGAAACAUAAGAUCAGUCCAAUACAUGUCAAUUUACUUGUGAAAG